UUGCUUUCUAUAGUCGAGGUCGGAAUUCUGUAGGUCGCUCGAGAUGCGCACGUGUAUUCUGAGGAAUUUACUUCGCGCCCGACGAAUAUUGCGCGGAUCUUCCAGCAGUAAUCGUACGCAAAUACUAACGUACUCGCAAUUGAAAUUGACGAGGGAGUUCUCGAGUAAACCGGACAGAAAACCUGGUGAUGCGUCUAAAAGCGAAGAUGAUAACCUCGCGACCGCUAUCAAUACGAAAUACAAGGCCUUCCAUGACGAGGAUGCGGAUGUUAUUCUUGACGUGAGCGAGGAGUUGGAGAAGAUCAACAUCGAAGACGUAAGCGCGCAAGAGGAAGUUCAUGAUCCUUAUGCCGAUAUAAAUUUGUGCCAUGGUACUACUGGUGUAUAUGAUAUCGAGGAUCUCAUUGCGUUGCUGGAGAGAGACAAGGCAAAUAACAUCUUUGUUGCUAAAGUACCACAAGAAUAUGCUUAUGUGGACUAUAUAGUUGUGGUGACAGGAAAGUCAUGGAAGCACAUGAAUGCUCUUGCCACCUUUGUACGCAAAGUUUACAAACUGAAAAAAUAUCCAACAGAUUUAAUACCCAAAAUCGAAGGAAAAGACUCGAAAGAUUGGAUAGCUCUAGAUUUAGGAAACAUCGCUUUGCAUAUUUUUUCUCCAUUUGCGAGGGAGCAUUAUGAUUUAGAGACUUUGUGGACAGUUGGUUCACAAUACGACGAUAAGAGUAACGAGUCUCAGGAACUAAAUAUUGUGGAUAAAUAUAAUGCCUUCUUGGCUGAUUUUCAACCAGCCGACAAUGUUUGAUGAUUCAUCUGUGUAUAGUAUAGCGUUAAACUCUAUAAGGUAAAUAAGUUCAAUAAAUAAAUGAUAAAAUUAAUAAGCAA